AUGAAGGCACAAGUGGCAUUGUGCUUGGUCAUCACCGUCGGUCUGUGCGCCUCGUGGGCCUCUGCCCAGUCGUGCCCGGCUUCGUUCUUCGGCUCGGCCGCGUCGGGCUACAACGUGUUCCUGCUCGGAGGCGGCUCCGGCAACUACACCUUCGACCUCAUCAACGGCGACACCGAGGGCAGCGUGGCUGUCAACGGUAACUUCCGCGCCACCAACUUUGGUGUCGGUACCCGCCUGGGCUCGUGCAACGCGUCGACCCCCACCCUGGUCGUCGGCGGCGAGGGCUCGUCGGUGAGCUUCUCCGGAGGCCUCCAGUGCGGCUCGCUCUUCGCCGAGGAGUCGGCCCAGCUCAUCUCGCUCCCGGGCUUCGCCAAUGGCGAGCUCGUUCAGGGCAGCGUGCUCGACAACACCGGAAUCGACUUUGGUGCGGCUCAGACUGAGCUGGAAGACGUGGCCUCGUCCCUGUGCUCGGCCGGCGGCGUGGCUGCCGGCGUGUCCGGAGGCGCCAUCACCCUCGCGGGCAACGGCAACGCCUCGCAGGCCUUCACCAUCAACGUGGCUGACAUCAACGCCGCGUCUUCCCUCACCCUCAACGUCGCCGACGCCUCGGCCGUCGACCAGAUCACCAUCCUGCUGGUGGGCUCCGGUGCCAUCAACAUGGGCGGAUUCCAGACAUUCCUCAACGGCGUCAGCUCCGGCCAGGUGACUUUUGUCGUGUGCGCAGCGCCCACCGUCAACAUCCAGAACUUCGGCCUCUACGGCAACCUGUUGGCGCCCUUCUCGGCCGUCAGCAUCCAGAACGGCCAGCUGCUCGGCAACGUCGUCGCUCAGUCUCUGACCGGCACAGGAAGCGGUGAGGUCCACGUCCCCGUGUGCCCCAGCGCCGCUCCUUCGCCCUCGGCCUCGGCAGUUCCCUCAGCGUCGCCCUCGUCGUCGCCGUCGGCCUCGCCUUCAUCGUCGGCUUCUCCGUCGUCGUCGCCCUCGGCUUCGCCGUCGGCCUCCCCCUCGGCUUCGGCUUCGGCUUCGCCUUCCUCGUCGGCGUCACCCUCGGCAUCGGCCAUUCCCCCCUCGCCUUCGGCCUCGUCUUCGCCCUCGGCGUCUCCCUCUUCGUCGGCCUCCCCUUCGUCGUCGGCUGCCCCCUCGGCCUCGGCCUCGGCCUCGGCUUCGCCUUCGUCGUCUGCAUCGCCCUCGUCUUCGGCGGCUCCGUCUGCCUCGGCUUCGGCUUCGGCUUCGCCUAUUGCCCCGUCGCCCUCGUCGUCGCCUUCAUCGUCGCCGUCGGCUUCUCCGUCGAACUCGCCCUCGUCGUCGCCCUCGGCUUCUCCGUCGAACUCGCCGUCGUCGUCGCCCUCGGCUUCGCCCUCGUCGUCGCCCUCAGCCCCGGCUUCGCCCUCACCCUCGGCUAUUUUCAGCACCCCGCAGCCCUCGGCCUCGCCUUCCGCGUCUCCCUCGCCCUCCGCGUCGCCCUCGGCCACUCCCCUGUGCCCCGCACCCCUGUUCGGAUCCGGCGUGUCGGCCUACAAUGUGUUCCUGCUCGGCGCCCCCGGCGCCUCGGCGAGCAACUUCACCUUCGACAUGACCAACGGUGACGUGGAGGGUCGUGUCGCCACUGCCUUCGGCAGCCUGCGCGCCUCGAGCUUCGGUUUCGCCACGCGCCUGACCGGCUGCAACUCCAGCGACGCCACCAUCAUCGUCGGCGGCGCCAACGCGACCAUCAACAUCUUCAACGCCGGCGUCCAGUGCGGCUCGCUCGUCGCCGAGAACUCGGCCGACCUGAUCUCCCUCCCGGGCUUCGCCAACGGCCGCCCCCUGCUGGGCUCCGUGCAGAACCUGACCACUGUCAACUUCACCGCCGAGGCGGCCCAGCUCAACGCCACGGCCAACCAGCUCUGCGCCGCCGCUGUCAACAGCACCGCGGCCACGGUGUCGCCCUGGCGCGAGAUCUCGUUCACCAGCACCAGCGCCAACGCGUCGCAGGCUUUCGUGGUCAACGCGUCGGACAUCAACGUCGCCUCGUCGGCCACCUUCAGCUUUGCCAACGCGUCGGCCGUUGAGAGCGUUGUGGUCGCCAUCGUCGGCAGCGCCAACGAGUCUCUCACCUUCACCAACUUUGGCAUCAACAACGGUGGCGUGCCCGGCGCCUACAUCACCUACGUUGCCCCGAGCGUGACCGUCAGCGGCUUCGGCCUGGAGGGCAACCUGCUGGCCUACAACUCGUCGCUCACCGUCGAGAACGGCCAGAUCGUUGGCAACGUGGUGGCACAGACCCUGAGCGGCCCCGGCGGCGGUGAGGUUCACAUCCCUGUGUGCCCCACGCCCGUGCCCUCGCCGUCGGCCUCUCCCUCGGCCUCCCCCGCCGCCUCGCCGUCAUCGAGCCCUCUCUUUGCAGAGCGAUCGGGAUUCGGCGGUGGCGCGUAUUUGGCCGAUAGCGACUCCAGCCCCAGCACGGCCCGCAAGGGGUCGCCGCAGGGCGAGGAAUCGCAAUCGCCGUGGUCGUCGCCACUCCCCAAAUCCUUCGCGCCGGCUUCGCCCUCGGCGAGGAGGCAGGCCGCCGUCCGACAGCCGCAACUCGACAACUACGUCGAAGACAGCAUCAUGAACGACAACUCGCCUGCGUCGCUCCUGCCACCGCCGUCGUCCUUCACGUCGAUCUCACCCUCGUCGUCGCCCGCACGGUCUACCGGAUUCCGAGACAACCAGUUUUCGUCAUCGCCGUCGCCGUCCCCCUACUCCGACGUGUUCGAAUACCAGCGGCAGAAUGGCCCCCAGCAGCAGCGUGAGCGCGGCGGGAGCAGCGGAGGAGGCACCAGGCCCGUGCCCAUCGUGCAGACCACCUUCCACGGCCCCACAACCAGCCAAUCCCCGCAAGAGUCCUGCUUUUACCUCGACGGCGCCUCGGUCAAGCCAUCGUCGUCACCCUCCGCGUCGCCCUCGCCCUCGUCGUCGCCUUCCCCGUCGCCGUCGGCCUCGGCUUCUCCCGCUGCGUCGCCCUCGGCUUCGUCGUCGGCCGCUCCUUCGCCUUCGUCGUCCGCUUCGCCCUCGGCUUCGUCUUCGCCCUCCGCGUCGCCCUCGGCCUCAGCUUCGGCGUCGCCUUCGCUCUCGCCCUCCCCGUCGGCUUCCGCCUCCCCCUCGGCUUCGCCCUCUGCGUCGCCCUCGUCGUCCCCGUCGCCCUCGGCUUCGGCUUCGGCUUCACCCGCCGCCCCGUCGCCCUCCGCUUCGGCCUCGCCCUCUCUCGCGCCUCCGUCCCCCGCCCCCUCGACCGCGCCCUCGUGCCCGCCUUCGUUCUUUGGCGGCGCCGCGGCCUACAACGUUUACCUCACCGGCAACCCUUCGCGCGCGGUGGCCUUCAACAUGACCAACGGCGACGUGUGGGGCAAGGUGGCCGUCGACGGCAGCGUCGUGGCUCGCAACUUUGGCUUCGGCACCCGCAUCCAGUGCACUGCUGACGCGGCCAACGCCGCCACGCUCAUCGCCUCGGGCUCUUCGGUCAGCUUCACCGCCGGCGCCGUGGACUGCGGCAACCUGGUCACCCCCGCCUCGACCACCGUCAGCGGCGUCAACUUCAACAACGGCAAGGCCGUGACAGGCGACAUCGAGACCCUCACCCGCCUCGACUUUGCCGACGUGUCGGCCUCGCUGUCGUCGGCUUCGAGUGCGCUUUGCAGCGCUGAGGGCAUCGCGGCCUCGGUCGGCUCCGGCAACCGCAUCACCCUGGCCAGCACGGCCAGCGGCGCCGCGCAGAUCACCUUCACCCUCACCACGGCCCAGCUCGCUUCGGCCUCGUGGGUGCGCUUCGCCAUCGCUGACGUGGCAUCGGUCAAGCAGAUCGUCGUCAACCUGGUGGGCGACGACGCCGUCGACUUCUCGGGCUUCGACACCGACCUCGGCGGCGUGUCCAACGGCCUCAUCACGUGGAACGUCUGCUCGGCCACCAGCGUGACCGUGACCGCGUUCAACUUCCAGGGCAACCUGCUGGCCCCGACGGCCGACGUGUCGCUGUCCAACGCGCAGAUCAACGGCAACGUCGCGGCCCGCACCCUGACCGGCAGCGGCGGCGGCGAGGUCCACACGCCCGUGUGCCCUUGA